UCCGUGCGUCGUCGCGAGCGCGGCAUGCAUGGUUUACUUGGGUGCCACAUCGACAUCGGCAUAUCUCUGUGAAGAAAUAAAUGGCGGCGUCCGUAGAAGACGACAGCAUGGAGUCCGCAGCACUGGAUCCCGACCAAGUGCAUGUGGCCAAGUGCCUCGGAGAAUUCGAAUCAUGCACGAAGAAACCAGAAACAUUUCUCGAAGUCCAGCCGGAUAUAGCAGAAACAAUGAAGAGGUUGACAAAAGAGUUAUACGACGUUGUGGACAUGUGGGAAAACAAAACAAUUUCGCCGCCGAAAGCUGAACUGCCGUCACUGGUUGUUGACAACUUCGACGACGAACAGAUCUGGCAGCAGCUGGAACUGCGAAACACUCGCCUGGUAAAAGAGUUGAUUUCGUCGGUGUCCCGAGUGGCAACGAAGGCUAGCAUUAACUUUGGCGUACACUUGGGAACGCAAGAAAGCUCACAGAGACACAAAGCGCAUGACCCAAAUGGAAGUGAUAAGUCAAAUCUCUCGGACGCCGCUGCAGAAGAAGAAGGUGGCGAAGACGAUGAUUUCGACUUGUCGGAUGAGUCUGAAGGUGAAAAGUCUGAGGAGGAAGUUGAUCAUGAUGGAGGUGACGGUGCACCCAGUCAAGCCCGAGAUACACAACCGUCGUCUAUUGUCGAUGACGUGUUCUUCCGUCUCGCCGACAUGGAAGCAUUCGCAGAUAGAGAAGAAAAUGCCGAUGCCCGCAGAGGUGAUUCAGAUGAGGACGAUGACAUUGACUAUUUUGGCGAAGUGUCGUCAGACCAAGAUGACCCGGAUAAAAAGGGUGGCCGCAGUGCUACGUACAAUGACUUUUUCGAUCCCCCGGCCUCCGUGCCUGACAGCAAGAAUGCUGUGAAGAAUUACAAGACUACCACUCGGACAAAUGGACAUAGAGACAUUCACCGAAGCAGCACAGCAGAAGAAGAUGUUCAGAAGUCAUCUUUUGAGCAAAGCCAAGAAUUUAUAAAGAAAAAGAUCAAGCAGUUUGAGGAACGAAACCUGGAGCCACGACCAUGGAGACUCCAGGGAGAGGUGGAAGCUACUAAUAGACCUGAGAACAGCCUGCUGCAGGAGCAUAUCCAGUUUGACCACGCCACUAGGCAGCCCAUUGCCAUCACAGAUGAGACCACAAAGUGCCUAGAAGAUGUGAUAGUUCAGAGGAUACGUGACAAAGCCUGGGAUGAUGUUGAGCGAAAGACAAGACCAACGGAGGAACCGUUUGAGCUACGCCGACGGGUCACACUGGACCAGGAGAAAAGCAAGCUCAGCUUAGCGGAGGUUUAUGAGCAACAGUUCCUUGAGAAACAAAAGACUGUGGAUGAUGAUGCACCUCCCAAGGAGAAUCCUGCACAUGUUGAGAUUCGAACAGCCAUGCGGGACUUGUUCACGAAACUGGAUGCAUUGUCCAACUUCCACAUGAUGCCAAAGCCUGUUUCGGCUGAGGUGAAGGUGGUGAGCAACCUUCCGUCACUGAGUGUUGAAGAGGUGACCCCAGUAGGUGUGAGUGAUGCUUCACUUCUGGCACCUCAGGAGGUCAAGACCAAGCCAAAGGGAGAAAUGGUUGCCAAGGGGGAGAGGACCCGCACUCAGAAGCUGAGAGAACGAAGACUAAAGAAGGCUCUCCAGAAACGCCGAGCCUCCAAGGCAGCUAAUAAGGCUGGCAAAGUCACUGAAGACAAGAAGAAAGUGAUAAAAGCGACAAACACUGAACUUGCCAAGCCUAUCAAAGGCACAAAAACAGCAAAGGGUGCUAAAGCUUCCAAGGGAAAAAGUGACAAGUGGGCAGAGAAAAGCCUUUCUUCAUCCAAAAAGUUCUUCGCACGGCUUCAGGAUCAGGUCACCUCCGCAGUGGCACCAGCGAAGAAAAAAGCAAGAAAGAAAGAUGCUGUUGUUGCUGCUAGCUUUAAGUUGUAAAUACAUGUUUAUAAUAUUUACCAUCAUGCCUGUAUUCAAUUUGCUUCAAGCAUUUUGCUGUAUAUAAUAAAACUAAAUGGUCAUAAACAUUUUAUAAUCAUGAGAUAUAGUAAAUAUGUCUGCUUUAUGUCGGUCAGAGCAUCUUUUUACAAAAUUUCUUUAUCUUUUUGACCUGACAAAGGCUACAAGGUGCAAAAAUUUAUUACAAAUACAAGCUUGUGCGACUGCAACAUAACAUGCACUAGGGUUUGUGAGAUCUAUUUUCAUCCAGUGCUGUAGGUGUGCCAUAGUUCUUGCACUUUUGUAAGUUUGUAACAAAUACCACUGCCAAAGGGCAUCACUAAUAGUAGAAGUUGUGCCAUAUGCAAACGAAAUAAAUAUAGUUUGAGAUCUUUUUUAACGUAGUAAUGAGAAGAAACUGUGUGCCUAUGCAAACUUUGAAGAUUAGCUGCAUGCUUAUGUUUACAAACUAGGUGACCAUACUGAACAACAAAAUGGAUAAAAGCACAAUUCUCAAUUGCUGUGCAGUUGUAGUGACAUACUAUGAUGCAUAAGUGCAAUAAUAGUGCAUUUGUAUUGAAAUUCAGCUAUGCUGUAGUUUGAACAUUAAAAGCAUGUAGAUUAAACUUUGAUUUCAGUGCUGA